AUUCUGGUGUGGACACAACUUUUGACUUCCCUCUCUAUCUCUAUUAUAUUUUUCUCUUUAUACUUGCCUUCCUCUCUCGAGACUGACACACUUUGGCUCUAGGGUUUUUUUUUCUUCUUCAAGAAUCUUUGGUUUCUGUUUUAUGAAUAUUUUUUUCAUCUGGAUUACACCAAGAAGACUACCGUUCAUGAGAGUUUGAUUGAUGGCUGACACAAAAUGUUACAUUCCCAAUCAAUUGUUAGAUUUGGAUCAAAUACAGCAAGAAGCACAGCAUCGGUGGUUGCGACCUGCUGAAAUUUGUGAAAUUCUAACCAACUAUCAGAAGUUUCAACUGAGACCUAGUCCACCUGUCAUGCCACCAGCUGGUUCUUUAUUUCUCUUUGAUCGAAAAGUGAUUCGAUACUUUCGAAAAGAUGGUCAUCGUUGGAGGAAGAAGAAAGAUGGAAAGAUUGUUAAAGAAGCUCAUGAAAAAUUAAAGGCAGGCAGUGUGGAUGUUCUUCACUGUUACUAUGCACAUGGAGAAGAUAAUGAGAACUUUCAGAGAAGAAGCUACUGGAUGCUUGAUAAGCAGUAUGAGAAUAUUGUUCUUGUGCACUAUAGGGAGGUUAAAGAGGGAUACAAGUCAAGUUUCUCCCAUGGGUUAAAUCCAGAUUCAAGAACACUGCUUCAAAACUCUCAAAGCAGUGAACAAACACCACAUACUUCAUAUGGUUAUGAUAUGAAUUCAGUUGAUAAAAACGAACAAUCAGUGUCUUCAAUAUCAAAUAACGAGCACUCUUCACAAGAUUUUGGGAUCGAUUCAUUUACAACUGAUUUGCUAUCUUACAAACUAACAGAUGCUAGGUUAGAUUCUGACACACAUUCUCAAGAUUUCUUGAACUCCGGGAAUGGCUUUUUUUCUGAUCAUGAAGUUGCAUCACAGGUCGAUGUAAAUACUGAAGUGAUAAACUUACAAGAUAAUGAUGCUGGAGGACUGAAAAAGAUGGACAGCUUUGGAAGGUGGAUGUGUAAAGAAUUGGGUGGAGAGUUUGAUGAUUCCCUGAUGGCAUCCGAUUCCGGGGUUUACUGGAAUGCAAUUGAAACCGAAACUGGAAACAACGAUAAAACCGAAGUCUCGAGCUUAUCACACCAUAUGCAGUUGAAUACAAGCCCUGUGGGUCCCUCUUUAGCCCAAGAACAGCUCUUUACUAUAACCGAUUUUGCACCAGAUUGGGCGUAUUUAGAAACAGAAACAAAGAUUUUAAUAACAGGGAAUUUCUUGGGUGACAAAAAACGUAUGAAUGACAUAAAAUGGUGUUGCAUGUUUGGUGAAAUCGAAGUGGCAGCUGAACUUUUGACAGAAAAUGCCAUUAGAUGUCAGGUUCCUUUACGUGCUGCAGGGCGUAUUCCAUUUUACAUUACAUGUAGCAAUCGAUUAGCUUGUAGUGAAGUGCGUGAGUUUGAGUAUAUUGAUAGGUCAACAAGAUUAACAACAGAUGAUCAUCAUCAUGAUGAUGAUAAAACUUGGGAUGAAGAGGAAUUCGGUUUAGUAAUUCGUCUUUCAAAGUUACUAUCUUUGGGGGUUGAAGUGAACAAAUGGUUAGACUGCAAGGUGGUAGAUUGUGAAAAAUGUAAGAUGAAGGAUGUGUUUGAUUCGAUUAUAAGAAACAAAGAAUGGUGUUCAAAUAGAAUCACAAAGGAGUUGCUAAUACAGAAUUUGCUGAAAGAUAAACUUUAUGAGAGAUUAGUUUAUGAAGUCCAUGAAGCAUGUGAAGGAUUGCGUGUGUUGGAUGAAAAAGGACAAGGUGUUAUUCAUUUGGCCGGAGCUCUUGGUUAUGAGUGGGCGGUUGCUCCGAUCACCGCCACCGGUGUCAGCCCUAAUUUCAGAGAUUCACGUGGCCGGACCGCCCUCCAUUGGGCUUCACUUUAUGGCAGAGAGGAAACAGUGGUGGCACUGGUGAAAUUUGGUGCGUAUGCAGGGGCGGUUGAUGACCCAACACCUAUGAAUCCAGGUGGACAAACGGCUGCUGACCUGGCAUCGAGUAAAGGGCAUAAAGGGAUUGCUGGAUAUUUGGCAGAAACUGAUCUCACCACUCAUCUUUCAGCAUUGUCUGUGAAGGACAAGGACAAGAAUGGUGUCAAAAGUGAUGCGUUAGUGGAUGAUGAUGCUACACAUUCACAUUCUUUAAAAGGGUCACUUGCAGCAGUGAGAAGAUCAGCACAUGCAGCUGCUUUAAUUCAAGAUGCUUUCAGAACUCGUUCUUUCAAUCAAAGGCAACAACAAGCAACAAAGGCAGAAACUGAAGAACUUGUUGCUAUUGCUUCUUCUUCUUCUUAUUCUUCUUUACAGAAGGUGAAGAAAACACGUGAUUAUGAAGACUAUUUGCAUCUGAACAUUGCAGCAUCAAAGAUCCAGCAAAAGUACAGGGGGUGGAAAGGAAGGAAUGAGUUCUUAAAGAUUCGUGAGCGCGUUGUCAAGAUUCAGGCACAUUUUCGUGGGCAUAAAGUUCGGAAGCAUUAUAAAAAAGUGGUGUGGUCUGUUGGGAUAGUGGAGAAAGCGAUACUCAGAUGGAGACGAAAGAGCCGUGGGUUGCGAGGAUUCCGGUCGGAAUUGAAAGCUCCGGAAUCGGAAUAUGAUUUCCUGAGAAUAGGUCGGAGACAGAAAUAUGUUGGAGUGGAAAAGGCGUUGGCUAGGGUGCAUUCCAUGGCUCGGAAUCCUGAAGGCCAGGAACAGUACAUGAGGCUCGUGGGGAAGUUUGAAAAGUUGAGCCAUGAACAUGAAGAUAGCAGCAAAUGACGUUGAGUUUGAGAGUUUGUAAGUCUAACCCUUAGGGCCUAGGGUGUAGGGAGUCUAAUUCUAGUAUGCAUGCAUAUAUAGAUAUAAAUAGAAAUAUGAAUAUGAAUAUGAAUAUGAAUAUGAAUAUAUAAAGUGAAAUUGACGAAUAGGUGAGAGGAGAGGAAUGUGUUUAGAUUGGAUUGGAGUUACAAGUAGAGUGAGUACAUUGAUGAUUACAAAAAGAAGAAAGUAGAAAAAGCAAAAAGGAUGGUGGAAAGAGACGGAAGCACUGAUCCUGUGUGUGCCUCCCCUAUACCUCCUUCAACUGUACCUGCACCUGCAAUUUUUAUCGAUUAAUCCAUAACUAAUAAUAGAAUCAGCCUUGAAUC